GCGGCGGGCGCUGAAAUUCAAAUCCCGGUAGCGGUUGGGGCGGAGGUUCGGUCGCUCGCGGGCGGCCCUGGCGAGCGGAGACCGGCGGUACUGGCGCGGCGAUGGACCCGUUCACCGAGAAACUCCUUGAAAGAACCCGCGCCAGGCGAGAGAACCUGCAGAGGAAAAUGGCAGAGCGGCCCAAGAUGGGGGCAAGACCCACAAUGCAGACCAAGAGGGCCAGAGAGCCUUUGGCAGAAACUGGUAACCAGGCACCUCUUCCAGGUGACGAAGUAAAACCAGGUACAAAGCCAUCACCAUUAAAAAGGCUCUGCCCUAAUGAUAUAGAGACUCAAACUUCUAGUUCGGAGAACGUACAGCCAGUUCCUUCAAGUUCCACAAGCCAUGAUUCUCCUCUGAUGACUUCAGAAUCACACGAAACUGCUUCUAACAGAGCUUCGUUGGCUCAGCCUCUUGAGAGAGUAAAACCAAAUACCAUGUCAGAAAUUCCUGCAGCCCUUUCAGUCAAAACACGUAUGCAGAAGUUGGCAGAACAACGGCGCUGCUGGGAUAGCGAGGAUCCCUCUGAAUGUGUUCCUCUCUCUCCUCUCCAGUCAAAAGAUCUGUCUGUUUCUCCACCUAAGCAGACAUCCAAUGCCCUGGCAAGUGAAACCCCUAUUGGGAGAAGAGGCCGUUUAGCUAACCUUGCUGCUACAAUUGGUUCCUGGGAAGAUGACCUAAGUCAUCCAUCUGCAAAGCAAAACAAUGCACAAGAACAGCCUGGCACUACUUGUUUAUCCAAAUUGUCCACUACAAGUGGAGCAUCUGCUAGAAUCAAUAGUAGCAGUGUAAAGCAGGAAGCUGCAUCCUGCUCUCAAAGGCUUGUUGAGGCUUCUAUUAAUAAACCAGCAAACUCAAAGAGAGCGGAUCCAAACAGUUUAACACAAUCUUCAAGAGUUACUGAUCCCUGUUCUAACAAAUCUAAAGUACAACGGCCAACCGAGAAUCACUGCAGUCCUCAGAAAACUGAAGAGCGUACACAAACAGCGAAGUCAGCUUUGCCUCAACCACUUCAGUCCAAAGCAGAGCUAGUCAAAGGAACACAUGUGCAACUUGAACCUAAGGGUAAACCCACAACACCAGGGGUAUCAGGAAUUAAGCCCUUCCUGGAACGCUUUGGGGAGCGCUGUCAAGAGCAUAGUGCACACAGCCCUGCUGCGAAUACUCCGGGGUGCAGAACACCCAUUGUUACCCCAAAUACAAGGACAAUCCAGGAGAGGCUUCUCAAACAAAAUGAAAAUUCCUCUACUGCCAGUUUAGCACUUCAGCUUAAACAGGAACGUGAACGAGAGCUUGCAUGCCUUCGUGGCCGAUUUGAUAGGGGCAAUCUGUGGCGUGUGGAGAAAAGUGACAGUUCAAAGAAGCUUCCAGAAGCUAAAAUGGAAAGCCAAUCUCAAGCUAGUCCAAAACAUCCUCCUAGUUCAGAUACCUCUGCUCUUGAAUCAUCAGAAGACACGUCAGCAGGUGACAGGCCAGCAAAGUCUCCCAGAGUGGAGUCUUCGGAUCCUUCCAAAUGUGAAGAGACUGAUAAAACUAGUCCUCUGAAGAUUGCUGAAUCAAAGAGCCCUGUAAAAGCAAUGUCUGUCUCAAAACUUGAACAACUUGAUGAGAAACCAAAAGGUGAAGUAUAUGAAGGCAAAAUGCAUGUGGAUAAUGAGAUUAAUAGCUCAAAAGUGAUAAAUGAGAUUUUUGAAAUUCUUCAAGAGGAUGGUCCAGACAUAGAAAAGCUGAAGAAAGAAAUGAGCAUGAGCCUGGAAGGUGAAAGUGAUGAGGAUGAGCAGGAAGAGUCACUGAACAUUUCAUCCAUGUCUCUCUUAACCCCUCUAGUGGAAUCUGUUAUCUCAGAGGCCUUUGGUUCCCCUUCUAAGUCAAUAGGGGAAGGUAGCAGUAUCAGUGAUGUAAGUCUGAAGUCUGAGACGUUCCAAAGGACUAGAGUUCCCAGGGCAGAAUCUGGAGACAGUAUUGGCUCUAUGUUGGAAGAUUGCAACCUUCCUUACAGUGUCGAUGUAUACAGAUCCCAAAGAUUUAAGGAAACUGAUUAUCCUUCAAUAAAGCAAAUAAUUGUUCGCAAAGAAGAUGUUGCUUCAAAACUAGAAAUGAGAAGAAAUGGCCCAUCUGAUCAAGUCAAUAUCAAAAAGAAAAUGCAGGAACUGAACAAUGAGAUCAACAUGCAACAGACAGUGAUUAACCAAGCCAGUCAAGCUCUGAACUGCUGUUUUGAUGAGGAACAUGGAAAAGGGUCACAAGAAGAAGCAGAAGCAGAGAGACUUCUUCUUUUUGCAACUGAGAAGAGAACUGCUUUAUUGGAAGAAUUGAAUAAACUGAAGAAUGAAGGACCGCAUAAUAAAAGAAAUAAAGCUGCUCCUACAUCCACUGAAUUUGUUCCCUCCAGGGGAUCUGUUUCCAUUUCAGAAAUGUGUCUACCUCUAAAAGCAGACUUUGUAUGUACUACAGUUCAAAAGCCAGAAGCCAGAAAUUACUACUAUGUAAUAAUACUGAGAUCUGGAGCAGAAAACAUGGUUGCAACUCCAUUAGCAAGUACUGCCAAUUCUCUGAAUGGAGAUGCUCUUACUUUUACAACGACGUUUACUAUGCACGAUGUGUCAAAUGACUUUGAAAUAAAUAUAGAAGUUUACAGUUGGGUGCAGAGAAAAGAAGUUACAAGCACUGAUAAAAAGAAAAAGACAAAUAAAUCUAAGGUUAUUACUCCAAAGAGAUUAUUAACAUCUAUGACCUCGAAAAGCAGCCUUCUUACUCCAGCCAGUCCAGCUGGCCUGAAUGCCAUACGCAGUACAAAUUUCAUCCUUGUUGGAUCCCACAAGUUAUCACUGUCUUCUGUAGGAAAUACCAAAUUUGCACUGGACAAGGUUCCCUUUUUGUCGCCUUUGGAAGGUCAUAUAUAUUUGAAAUUGAAAUGCCAAGUGGACUCUUUGGUGGAGGAGAAAGGGUUCUUGACUAUGUUUGAGGAUGUCAGUGGAUUUGGAGCGUGGCAUAGGCGCUGGUGUGUGCUAUCUGGAAAUUGUAUCUCCUAUUGGACAUACCCAGAUGAGGAGAAACUAAAGCAUCCUCUGGGCCGGAUAAACUUGGCUAACUGCACUAAUCAUCAGAUUGAACCUGCUAACAGGGAAUUCUGUGCCCGUCCCAACACUUUUGAACUAAUAACUGUCCGACCUCAGAGAGAAGAUGACCGUGAGACCCUCGUCAGCCAAUGCAGAGACACACUCUGUGUUACAAAGAACUGGCUGUCUGCUGAUACUAAAGAAGAGCGUAACCUUUGGAUGCAAAAGCUCAACCAAGUCCUCAUUGACCUUCACAUGUGGCAGCCUGAUGCCUGCUACAAACCUACUAGAAAGCUUUAAACUCUGGAGGGGAACUACACAAGAAAAUAAUUUAAAUGAAUAUGUGGAAGUCUUCUGGGUCACUUAUGCUUUAAGUUUGAGAGAGUAUUUAACAUUAUACAGGUCUAUGUUAUGCAGUAUUUUUAUUUCACUUAAAAAGUUUAAAAACCUUUUUAUUUCCUAGUUUUGAGUAUGUUAGACAGCAAUUAGCUGUUUCUGAAGUGCUAAAUAUUUAUGUAACUCCUUUUUUGGAAGUCCUCUGGCUAGGUGCAUUCUCUUUUUUAAACGACUAAAUUAUUGUAAGAAAUCACACUUCAGGGCAGGAAGGGAGGCACUAGCUAGUGAAAGACAAGCUUUCUAGAUAACUCAGCUCCCUGAAAGAACCAAUAGUUCUAAAUACUCUUAACAAGGUUGCUGCUAAAGCACAAGAUUUAAUGUUUAGCAUUUGUUGGGGUUCUUUUGUAAUGAUCAGGCAUAGAAGUAACUAGUCAAUUUUAUUCUAUAACAUGCAGUAUAGAUAAUUGUGCUUGUACAACAUCCUUGUGGUCAGAACAAAAAACAUGCACACAAGAUAUUCAUACUAUUGUAAUUUCUCAUACAAACUAGUAUGGAUAAGUGUGUGGCAUGUACACUAUGUGAUUUGCAGGUGUGGAAUUACGUAUGCUGUAUAUUGCAGUUUGAUAGAAAUAGGAGGUCUUGAAUAUUUUUGUUAGACCUAAUAUAAAAACUGUGUCAAAAAUUUAGGUUUAGGGUUGUAUACACCAAUAUUUCCUGGGACUUGGAGUUUUCACAAGCUAGAAUUCUCCAUUUGAGAACCAGGAAUAGGUUGUAAAAGUGCCCUUUGUUUUGUUUAAUAAUAUGACUCUACAAAGCUGCUAUAUACAACUAAUACUCUGCUGGCUGAAAAAAGGGUCUUCCUCCCCUUCACAGACAUGUCCACAAAUGCUUAUCAAAACCCAUCAUGAAAAUGGCAACAUUUCUCAGUUAAAACUUGCAGUUUUCACAGGUUUUCACUAAGCAUAUUGAAAUACCAGCUCAUUACUUCACUAGGAAUGCAGUAGUGGAAAACUUAAAGAUUGCUAUUGCUGUUAGAUAUUCACACUCAAAACACUACAUUCUGUUACCUUAUACUGUUUUCAUCCUGCCCCUUUUGUGCUUGCUUUUAAAUCUCAUUUUCUGUUCUGAUGUCUUUAAAUAUUUCCAAAAUAUAUUUGAGAUUUAUUUCAUUCAUUUAAAAUAAAAAGUAAAGCCCUUCCUGCUUUUUCAUAAUGUCAUUUAUACCUUUGAGAUACUAAUUUGUAGGCUGAAGAAAGCCUGGACUCCAGACAGUGUUUAAGGAAGGAUUCUAUUCUAUACAUGUAUCCCAGAAUUCCAUUUGAUAAUGUGAAGCCUUGGAUGUAGCUAGCUGAAUUUUGCAGUGGGAGGCCAGAUUGUUCCUGAGCAGCAGCUCAUCAAAUACAAAGAGGAGAGAUGGCUUGUUUUUGUGGUGGUGUUUUUUGUUUGUUUUUUUUUGUCACAGUCAUGGCAGCAGAAUAACACAACAGGAACAGUGUAAGAGCAAAUUUCAGCAGUGGAUGUGUGGUAGGCUGUCUUCUUGAACUCCCAAGUGAGUUAAAAUCAUUAAAUUUUGAAUUAUGAAAUAAGGUCACAGAAAGGUGUUAAGAACAGAACUGGAUGAUAUUCAGAACAUUUUUAUAGGCUAAUAGGGCCAUUAUCCCAUACAGAAACCAAUCUCUGUGUGUUCAUUGCACAAGAAUUUCUCCUCAUAAAGGUGUAAAGUGCAACAGGUGCUGUUAAGUUAGAAAAGCUGGCCUGUGUGGUGGCUUUUGGGCAAAAGUUCUGAGUGCUGAGGACAUGGGAUGCAAGCUUAGAAGGAAGCCUAUGCUGCUGCCUCCUCCCCUCCCAUGUUCCUCUGCUCUUUUAAGGCUUUGCAGUGAGAGAGUUUGCACACUAUCUAACAACCGAGAGAACCUUCCCACAUGCAGUGUGCUGGACCGAGCCAGUGACAUAAUCCCUCCUGUAUUUAUUCACAUGCUCAGACUCUCCCCAAAAAAGAUCUUGGCAGUCCAGUCCUUCUAGAACUACAUACUGCUAAUAAACUUAGAAUUGCAUGGAAUUAUAAUUAGCUUUCCUAGAGAAAUUUGUUUUUCCUGUUUCUCUUUUUCC